CCAUUGUUGUUCCGGCGCUGGUAGGCAGCAUGUUGUCCAGUCUAACGGCGAAGAUCGGCGAGGUUCUGGUCCCGGGGGAUGAGUUCGGGUUCGAGGCCGAGGACACCAUCUCCCUGGCGGGCAGCAGCGCCCCGCCGGAGCGGGCGGUGUGCGGCCCGGGGCUGCGGCGCAGCGGCGCCCGGCUGCUGGUGUGCAAGAGCGGGGUGCUGAGACACAAGCCCCCGCACACCUUCUGGGUCGAGUCCCAGCAGAAGAGGUACGUCCCGGCCCGCGGGGAGACGGUGGUGGGCGUGGUGGUGUCCCGGUCCGGGGACGUCUUCAAGGUGGACGUGGGGGGCAGCGAGCUGGCGUCCCUGUCCUACCUGGCCUUCGAGGGGGCCACCAAGAGGAACCGGCCCAACGUGCAGGUGGGGGACCUGGUCUUCGGCCAGUUCAUCGUGGCCAACAAGGACAUGGAGCCGGAGCUGGCCUGCGUGGACGGGGGGGGCCGGGCCAACGGCAUGGGCGUGUUCGGGGGGGGCGGCCUGCUCAUCAGGGUGUCCCUGGGCCUGGUCCGGAGGCUGCUGGCCCCCCACAGCCCGGUCCGGGCCGACCUGGAGCGGCUGUCCCCCUGCGAGCUGGUGGCCGGGGCCAACGGCCGGGUCUGGGUCCGGGCCGGUACCGCCCAGCAGACGCUGGUCACGGCCCGGCUGCUGCAGAGCUGCGACACCAUGACGGGGGCCCAGCGCCAGGAGCUGUUCCGGAGGGUGGGGGGGGCCCUGUAGGGCCCCGCUGGGGCCCCCCGGGGCCACGGACCAGACCAAGAGCUGUUCCGGAGGGUGGGGGGGGCCGGGGCCACGGACCAGACCAGGAGCUGUUCCGGAGGGUGGGGGGCCCCGGGGCCACGGACC